CCCACUUGGGAGGAACCGGAGUGCAGCUCUCUGAGCAGACACGCCAAAGAUAUAUUAGAAAGCCCAGAUUUUUACAAAAGAAUCAAUUUGAACUUUGUGCUUACUUUGAAAUGGGGCUAGCCAUACGUUCUGGGUGAAUUUGAAAACCAUUUACCCCACUUCAAUCACGAACUAUGGCCCGUUAAAUAUUUCCAUGGCUACCGUAGCCUUGACUGGCAGGUCUGCAUUCUUUUGUGAUCCUCUGGAAGCGAGGCGGACGUUACUCUUCAUACCCGACUUGCCUAGAACCAAGUCAAACACUGGUGGCCUACCACCUAACAAGGACUACGAUGAUUGGCCGCCGCUAGGAAUAUUGGGGAAUGUAGUCGUUUCCUUCCCACUCUACUCUUCCCCUUCCCCUCCCUAGGUUCAAGCUCUCUUGGACUACAUUUCCCAAUCAGAGCUCCGAAUGCAAACCCGCUACCAGGAGAGAAUCCUGGACAAACACACUUGGGCGAGGGGGCCGUUAGGAGUUGUAGUUUUUUUUGCUUAAAGCAGCCCUCGCCAACGCCUGGGCCGGGGAGAACCAAAGACUACAAGUCCCAUGGGGCGCUUACAAGGCGUUUGCUAGGCGGCCGGUACGAAAGAGGAACUCGCCUGGUGUGUGAAUUCCUCUAUCUAGGAAGCUCAGACUACUAUUUUUCCAGAACUGGAAAUGCCCAGCUUGCCUGCUAUUUCAAUGCUUCGGGGCCUCUGCUAAGUAAAAUGUCUUCAUAGAGAUCUCCUUGUCAGCUCCCCAGCAUGGUUCUGCAGUAUCUCAUGCUCCUGACUGGCCUUCUGAUAGGAUGCAUGAGCAAGUCCACAGAAAGUAAGGCCCAGCAACCUGAGUGUUGUGUGGAUGUGGUAGACUUCAAUGCUACCUGUCUAGGUACAGGUCUAUGUGGCCCAGGUUGCUACAGGCACUGGAAUGCAGAUGGAAGUGCUAGCUGUGUCUGGUGUUGGAAUGGGACCCUCCCAACAUACAAUGGCUCUGAGUGCAGAAUUCUCACUGGCGGGGGCAUGCAGUUUCCCAUGAACAGAAGCACAGGGACACCUGGACAGCCACAUUUUGGAGGUCCUCAUGUGGCAGCUUCCCUCUUCCUGGGGACACUCUUCAUCAGCACAGGCCUCAUCCUCUCUGUGGCUGGAUUCUUCUACCUCAAGCGCUCCAGUAAGCUUCCUGAAGUUUUCUACAGGAGAGACAGAGCCCCUGUCCUGCAGCCUGGUGAAACAGCUGCAAUGGUCCCUCUGCCACAGUCUUCAGUGAGGAAGCCAAGAUACAUCAGGCGUGAGCAGCACCCAGACAAGAAUAGGGAUCCUUCUGCCUUCUCCACAGUGGAGGCCCACAUCAGCAACGUCUGAUCUAGAGGUCAACUGAGACUUCACAAUACAGCAGUGGAGACCCAAGACUCCCCUCCAGUGAGCUCACUAUACAAAGGGCCUGGGGCUUAAGAUAUGCCAGAAUUGACUCCCAAUGGCAGACAGGACACGUACAAAUGCUAGGGGGAUGCUAACCUCCAUGCCAUGAGAUCUUCACUGUGUGGUUUAACAGGAGUAACCAACCAUCUGUGAGACCUGAGGACUCAAGAGCAAGUCAUGUGGGGUCUGUGCCCCUUAGGAGUAACAGCAUCUAUAACAGCUAUAACACAGGCCUGAUCCAAAUGAUCAAAACUUCUGGAGCCUAUCCAUUGGAGCCCAUAGUAGACAGGACUCUCUCCAUCACCACCGAGCUAAGAAGAGUGAAACCAAAGUUUCAGCAGUGGAGAAAACACAACCUGGAAACUGGUAUCAGAGUUAGGUUGCUCUAGUGUCAGCCUGCUAAUUUAGCUGCUUACCUCUCAAGGCACAUAUUUCUCAAAGUUGCAGAAUUGAGUGUUCUCAGUUUUCUGAUUCCAGAAGCCAGCAGAACCUUAUCUCCCAGGGACAGACUUCCAUCCAGCUACCUUUCAGGCUGGGCACUCAAAGUAAAAUGUUUACCUAUGGGGCCUCUAUCUCUGAACACUUCAGGUCACUUGUCCCAUUGGGCUUGUGAGGUCAUGCUGGUCAGCAGUCCUGUCUUUGCUCUUCCAAGACUCCAGAAGCUAUGUCUGUGAGCUUCUAGUAUGGCUGGUGGCACUGGCCAUGUGCUUCUGUAGAAGAAGGUGCCCUGAUUACCAGUGCCACCCUCUGUGUAUGAUCCAAAGGUGUCUAGCAUCUUCUUUGGCAUCAGGAACUCAUCUGAUGUUACUCAGUGUUAUGAGCUUGCUUCUCCAGACUUGAACCAGUAUCUCAGGUAGCAGGAACAAUUCAAAGUUGGACCAAUUAAAUUAGACUAGAUCUUCUUUCCUCUAGCUUUAUUUUCCCAAGGGUCAUCUAUUCAGUGUGUGGGGGCUAACUACCCCAUUGCCAUGUACAGGGGACAAGUAGGGAGGGGAAGAUGGACAUCUCAGCAGAAUUCAGAACCUACUGUUGUCUGGUGGGACUGGCAGUACAGCACAACACAUCCCCUCAUGUUUCUUUGUCCAGAACCUGUCCCACAUGUAGCCCCUCCCAUUUCAGGAUACUGUCUUGCAUGAAGAGAUGAUCCAGCACCUUAGGAUUUGAGGUAGAAAGUACCUCAAGCAUGGCAUGGUUCUUCAGAUAAAGACUACAUGCAUCAUUAGGCUUUGAGGGGGCCACUGACAGUUUAUGGAUCUAACUCACCCUUGGGGAAAGCAGAACCCUCUACCUGGCCACCUGAGUCCAUCUUAGUGGUCCCACUCAAAGCCCAUGUGUAGAUGUUUGUCUGCUGACUAGAGGUAGAACUGAGUAAAGGGUGCCAAAUGAGAGCAUAGGGAUUCUAGAAGUCCUGCCUGGUAGUUUGAAAAAGAAUGCCUACCCAGUGCCCCCUAGGCUUAUAUACUUGAAUUGCUUAGUCAUCAGGAAUUAGGAGGUGUGGCUUUAUUGGAGGAAGUGUGUCUCUAGGGAUGGGCAUUGGGUCUCAAAAGCUCAAGCCAGGCCCAGUGGCUUUCUUUUCCUGCUACCUGUGGAUUUGGAUAUAGAACUCUCAGUUCCUCCUCCAGUACCAUGUCUGCCUAUGUGCUACCAUGCUUCCUGCCAUUCUGAUAAUGGACUAAACCUCUGAAACAGUAAACAAGCCCCAAUUAAAUACUUUCUUUUAUAAGAGUUGCUGAGGUCAUGAUGUCUCUUCACAGCAAUAGAACACUUAUUAAGAAAGACACUGCCCUUACUUUAUAACUUGUAUAGAUUUCCCUGUGCACUGGUUAAAGGGCUGUGGCCAGAGACAUCUGUUGAAACCUCAAAUGAGUUUAUUGGCUGUGGCAUCCAAAAAAGAUCCCUUUGUCCCUGGCCAUAUGUCAGAAAAGUGCUGGAGAGGUUAAGAUGUAGGUUUCCAGGCCCGGAUCCUUUGUUCUGAGACCAGUGACCUUGCCCUGAGGACAGGAUGUGGAGUAAUAUAAGCUACAGGAUAAAAUCUGACCCAACAUCCUUUUGUUCAGCAGCUUGACACUCUAGGGCUUACAGUAGCAUUGGAUGCCCUAAAGUUUAGGGUUCCCCAGGAUGAUUUCUAAUGAAAAGUGGAAAGGGAUGUUGACAGCAAUAAGGAAAGGCAGCAUGAUAAAGUGACUGCCAGCCUGGCUCCCUGGGGUCACAGAUGAUUCCUCUCCCAGCUCAUCCUGAGUAACAUGUGCCCAGAAACUCCAAAGUGGAAACCCCAGGUUAUUUUAGCCACCUCCAUGUGUCACCCAUCCCCCACCCCUCCACUUUCUGGUCCUCAUACCUUCAUUCCUUUGUGCACUCACUGGUUUUUAUUGGGCAGCACUGGAAGUGUUCCAAAGCCAGCCCAAAAAAAGGAUCAACAAUAGCAUUAGGAGGUGGGCCAGACCAGGGACCAUGAGAGUGACAGGACAGGGGGUUGGGACUGCUUGGAAGCACAGGAAGAACUGACACAGAACAAACCCAUCAGGUGAUCAGUACUAAACAAGAGGCUUUCAUAUAGGUCUGGAGACCUUGUCCUCACUGCUGGGUGCAUAAGGAUACCUUUGGUUGGGCCACCUUAUGUCCAAACAGUAUGAGACCUUAUGUCAGGUCUAUAUCCAGCCCCAAAA